GCCCUCGAAAGUAUUUCAAAAUAAAUUGCGCAUUGAUCCGCUUGAAUCUUGAAGCGGUGAGUCGGAAUUGUUCUGAUUUCUCGCCGAUUGUGUGCUGCUUCUUGUUUGGCUCCGCUUUUGCCGUAUAAACGCUUUGAAUGAGUGCGGUUUUUUCCCACUCCAGUCAUCGCCAUGCAAGUGGAGCUAGUGUUGGUGGCCGGUUUGUUGCUGAUUUCGCUCAUAUCGGUGGGUUUUUCGGUUCGCACCUGUGAGAGCCACGAGAUCUGCAUUAGCAAGAAGACAUGCGAUGAGACGGAUGACUCCGGGAAGGGGAAGCUGGUCCGUCGCAUACUGGACAACAGCUGCGGCCUUGAGUUGGUCUGCUGCGAGAAGGUGCAGCUGGAGAGCUUCUACGCCCAUCAGGCUCAAGUGGAACAGAACAGUCAGCGCCGGGGAAAUCCCUGGAGCUUUUCGGAAAACCCCCUAGAAGCCUUAUUAAAUGAGACACUCCUGCCGGUCAAAAAGGACGAUGAGGUCUACAAAAGCUGCGGAUUCCAGCAGGAAUGUGUUCCCCGCCACCUCUGCAAAAACGGAUCGAUUAAUGCAGAUGGCAGGUACAUCGUCACGCCGCGAAUCAGUAAGGACAUCAGUUUCGGAUGUGGACUCUUAGAGCAGUGCUGUUCGCUGGACGAUCAGAUCGAGGAGGGUCAUAAUCUUAUACAGCUCGACGUGGAGGACUUCCAGUCCAAGGGCUGUGGGUACAGCAAUCCCAAGGGAUUAAUUUACCAGCUGGACGGCUACAACGACGGCGAGUCCUCCUUUGCCGAGUUCCCUUGGAUAGUGGCAUUGAUGGACAUGGUGGGGAACUACAUCUGCGGCGGUACCCUGAUCCACCCGCAACUGGUGCUGACCAGUGCCCACAACAUGGCCCAGUACAGUGAGGAGUCGCUGCUGGUUCGGGCUGGUGACUGGGAUUUGAACAGCCAGACGGAGCUGCAUCCCUACCAGAUGCGUGCGAUUAAGGAGUUGCAUCGCCACGAGGACUUCAGCAGCCUGACCCUCUACAACGACAUAGCUUUGGUGGUACUGGAGCGGCCGUUCAAGCUGGCGCCGCACAUCCAGCCCAUCUGUCUGCCGCCGGCGGAGACGCCUAAGUUGCAGGAGCAGCUGCAGAAUGCCCACUGUUUGGCCACCGGCUGGGGGCACAAAAACAACACGUCCCCCACCUUGGAGCACCUGCUGAAGCGCAUCGAGCUGCCCGUGCUGGACCACGAGACCUGCCAGCGCUUGUUACGUCGCACGGUCCUGGGGCGUCGCUACCGUUUCCAUGCGAGCUUCCUUUGUGCCGGCGGGGUGGAGGGCAAGGACACCUGCAGGGGUGACGGCGGUUCACCCUUGUUCUGCACGAUGCCCGGCGAACGGGAUCGAUACCAGCUGGUGGGCAUCGUGUCCUGGGGCAUCGAUUGCGCCGUUAAGGAUGUGCCCGCGGCCUACGCGAAUGUGGCCUAUCUGAGGAACUGGAUCGAUGAGCAGAUUGCCAAGAUCGGGUUCUCUGUGUCCCUUGCUUAAACCAAAUCUCAAAUUAAACGCUUAGAUUGUUUAUAUGAAACUUUACUACUAUUUCGACCGCGAAAAUAUAAAUAAAGAAAAAAUUAA